AUGCCAACUAUACUACUAGACAAUGGGUCUCACACCCUCAAGAUGGGGCUAGCUGGAGAGCCUCCACGAAUUUUCCCUAACUAUGCCCUCCGUAUCGGUGAUUCAAAUAUCCCUCUGUACGGGAGCUAUCUCCACGGACUUCCACUCAUUACAGAGGGAUAUAAGACGUCUGUGUGUAAAGCUGGUGAAAUAUAUGAGUGGAGCCUGGAAGGUUCUAUUUGGAGAGACGCUCUUCUGCAAUUAUAUCAAGACUCGGAUUGCAAGCUGUCCAAUUGUUUACACAGCCUUGUUCCUGCUUGUUCUGAUCUCGAUCUGAUCACAACGACGUCUAUCGAUGCACACCCAGCCGCACGGAGGCAGCUCUUGGAAUAUUGCUUCGAGACUAUGCAGUUUGCUUCUGUGGUUGCACAGCCCCCACAAGCUUACCUAACCAGGCAUCCCCUACUCGCCAAUGCCACUACUGGAAUCAUGCUGGACAUGGGGUACGCGGGGGUGUACACCACUGCCUUUUUGUACACCAAUCCAAUCUUGUACAGUCACACCUUCGUAGAUUGCGGGGGCAGUCUAUUAGAUAAUUUAUUUACUGAACUGUUACAGGAGACAAUAGAUCCAGGGUUUCUGGUUGACAUCAGAAAGCGCUGCUUGCUGGUAGAGUCUUUGCGAAAUUGCUUCUUCGAUGCAGCUGGAAACUCACAGAUCGAAAUUACGUUUUGCCCCGAGAAGAAGAACUACUCUGUCAAGCCCAUUCUAGAUUCACUGCCAGCACCGGGCGGCGAUGAAGACAGAUACGUCCUAGAUAUCAGAAACACUGAAGAUGUCAUGCAGAACAUACUAGAGCAAAUCGUAGCCCAUAUCCCUAACGUAAUUACCACAUGCAUCCAAAGCCUGCCAACUGAGUUACAAGCCCUUUCACAAGCGAACGUUUUUCUAUGUGGAGGACUAGCCAAGAUUUCACCACUGACAGAAAUAUUGAAAGAUGCCUUAUUGACGAAUACUACUGUUGACAAUGUAGUCGUACUACCCAAUCCGCAAACAUCUGUCUACGAUGGAAUGCAAGCUUAUGCUGAAACUACAGAGUACUUCCGUUCUAGAAUAACGAGACAACUAUAUGAAGAAUAUGGAUGUGCUGGACUGGAACACAACUGA